GCCAUUUCCCGGCCGGGACGCAGGCGCGGCGGGGCGCGGCGCAGGGCGCAGGUCCGGCGGAGCGGCGCGGAGGCGGGUUUGAACGGUGGCGGCUACCGGAGCCUGCGGGGCCGGUGCUGUGCUCGGCCGCCGAUGGAGCCCGUCCUGAAAGGUAUUUGUGCAUUUGUAGAAGUCUGGUCAUCUAACAGAACAGAAAAUUACUCAAAAGCCUUUGAGAAGCAACUUCUUGACAUGGGAGCAAAAGUUUCAAAAACUUUCAACAAGCACGUAACUCACGUGGUCUUCAAAGAAGGACAUUUGGCUACAUGGAAAAAAGCACAGAAGGCUGGUGUAAAAAUAGUUUCUGUACUAUGGGUGGAGAAAUGUCGAGAAACUGGAAUACAUGUUGAUGAAUCUUUAUUUCCUGCAGUAUACAAUAAUGAAGGAUUACUGCUAAAACACAAAUGUAUGCAGCCAAAAGACUUUGUGGAAAAAUCUCCAGAAAAUGAUAAAAAGCUGCAGAGAAGACUGGACAAGAUGGCUAAAGAAUUAGCUAAGCAAAAGAUAGGAAUUAAUGCAGAAACUGAUACACCAGUUUUAUUAUUUGACGAAGAUGGUUCACUUGUGUAUAGCCCUGUUAAUAAAAUAAGAAAUCAAAGCAGUGGAAUGGAAAGAAGAAUAAAGGAGAUGAAGGAAAAAAGAGAAAAUCUUUCUCCUACUGCUUCACAAAUGUCUCAAACACCUCCACGUAGUUCACGAGGAGACUGCCCGCUGUCUACCUGUUUAACAAAUGCAGAAGAUGCAUCGUUACAAGAAGAACAAAUGGAAGUCUGCUUAAACUCAAGUGUUGAUGAUCUCUGGGGAACUUAUAAACCAAAGAGACAGAAAAAAGAAAUAGCAGAACCCACCUGUGAUACUCAGACUCAUAUUCAUGUUUCCAGGAGUGCAUCAGUGAAUUCUCCCUCAUGUAGCUAUGACCAGAAGAGCUUAACCCCAAAACAACCGAACAGAAGCCUAAGUAAAAAAAAGAUCUUGCAGCAUACUUUCCAAGACAAUUUAGAAAAACAUCUAGAAAAGUUUCCAGAGAAAAAUCAGAAGGAUGAAAAUACCAUGACUACUUCAGUUGCAAACAAAUAUUCUCCUCUCCAAAUCAAGGACUUGGGUUAUUUUACUCCUUCCCGAAAAACAGCCAAGUUAAAUACUGUUCCUGCUUUGAUUCACAGUCUCUCUAAUUCACCUGUGAGCAGCAGAGACUUAAAUACAUGUUCACGUGAUAGAAGUUUCCCUGUUGACAGAAGUGAUUGUCUUCUGGAACACAAGAAGGGGAAGAAAGUACAAACACUGUUUAGCUUGAAACUGUCUUCUUCUGAACUGCGUGCAUCAGGGUCUAGAAAUGAGUUCUUGAAAGGAGUUAAUAGUUACAGCAACGAUCAGUGCACUGAAGAUGCUUCUUAUGAUGACUUCUUUUCCUCAUAUAAUUUGAAUAAAAAUGAAGUACAGGUAGAAGUCCCACAAGAAUCACAGAAUCCUUCUGGUGUUUCUUGCAAAGAGUCUUUAAGAAUCAUGGGCUCAAUUGAUAUGAGUUCCUGUAAACCACAUACUGCUGAGAAAAGCAGAAGAAAGUCUAUUCAAGCAAACGAUGUUUCGGUAAAGAAAACAUUCAAAACAGCUGAACAUACAGAAAGUGUGCCAUUAAAUUGCAUGUCUGAUGGUGAAAAAGCUGAGAUUGCAGAAGCUCUAGAUUCAGAUCUUGUGAAUAAACGGCCUCACCAUGCUCAUGAAAAAUCCUACAGAACUGAUAUGAAUUACUGUACUCGUGCUACUGGUGAUGAAAACGAAGUUUCAGAGUGUGAUGUUACUGAUGGCUCUUGCAAAGUUUUUAAUGAACGAAAGAAUAAGCACAAUGGGGGGGUGAAAAAAACUAGAAGACUCCAAAAGCCAACAAGAACACUAGUUAUGACGAGUAUGUCUUCUGAGGAACAAAAUACAGUAAUUCAGGUGGUGAACAAACUUGGAGACUUCUUGUUCUCAGAUGUUGUAUGUGAAACAACAAGUCAUGUAGUUACAGGGAGUCCUCGUCGUACCUUGAAUGUUAUGUUGGGAAUUGCUCGGGGGUGUUGGAUUGUUUCUUAUGAAUGGGUUCUGUGGUCUUUCGAAGCUGGCCAUUGGAUCUCAGAGGAACCAUAUGAACUUUCAUCCAACUUCCCUGCGGCUCCUGACAGGAAGUCCCUAUGGACUAUGUGCUGUUUCUCAAGAGAGGGAAAAAAAAAUCUUUUGGGAAUGUAUAUGGGAAUGCUUGAGAUGUCUCUACGGUAUUAGCUUUUUACACGCUUCAUCAAGCAUGUCUGCCCGUCCAGACCUCCAGCUAAGAUUUUUCUCUUAUCUCAUUUUCCUGUCAGCAAACAAAAGGUGAAAGUAACAUCAUAAGUGAAUACUAGCUGAAAGUGAGCUGUGAUUUAUUAGAAAAUAUUGAAGUUAAUAUUGUGUAAUAAAAUACUGAAGGUUUAAAUAUUAACUCUUAGAAUAGUAAAUAAAGAAUUUGAAGUAAAUUAUAUGCAGAAGAUGAUUCAGUUAAUGGCAUUCAUGGAGUAAGUUAAAGCUUACUAACUUAUUCUCAUGUCUAAUUACAUCUCAAUUAGAGUAAGAUGAUUUUCUAGCAGAAGGAAAAAAUCCCUGCCUUCACUGGGAAUAAUCUACUUGAAUAAAAAAUAAAAAUUUCAUUAAUAUUGCUUGAAAAUAAAUGCAUGAAAAGCCUCUAUUGUCUGUACAAAUAUUUAUAAAGAAUUAUCUUCAUUGUGUGCUCUUGACUCAAAGUAUUUUGUUCCUAACACUGGCAUCAUCAUACCUUCUACGUAUUUUGAACUACAAAAGUUACAGUUAAAGCUAUGACACAGAAAAAAAGCAAAACAGGGAAAGGGAAGAGGCUUUGAGAUCUGAAACUAACUCAAAGGCAAACUUACAGCUGAGCUCCCAUGGUUCCAGCCUCUGAGCUUGUUUUGUAUAUACAUGUAUAUCUCUCUACUGCUCACCUAACUGAACAUAACGUAUUUUUGGGUGGCUUGUCACUUGGAGGGCAACAUAAGUUCUUCAUACUACAUGUGAUGCAUUACACCUUACAUGGCACACAGAUGUUCAUUUUUAAGAGAUGUAAAUAAAAUGCAAAUGAAAAAUAUUCCUGUGUUCCCAAAAAUAUUGUUAGUAGAAACUACAUGUUCAUCUUCACAAAUCUUUUAAUAGUCUGAGUUUCUAUAUGGGCACAGAAAUCAUUUUAAGUAAGAUUUAACAACUGUAUUUUCAGACCUGAAAUCAAUUAUUUGGUGAUUAACCAUUCUCAUUAAGAGUUGCAGAUAUUCAUUAAGGCAGUAAUCUAAUAUUACAAAUUGCUGUGUUCAAGAUUACAGCAAAGUGGUAUUUCUCUUAGAAAUCAGGGAAGGAAUUCAUAAAGUUCCCAUUAGUCUAAAAAUAAAGAAUAAAUAAAUAAAUAGUCUGAGUCAUGAAUGGCAUUUUGCCGAAGUUCAGUAGCACUGAAGCCAGGAAGACAAAAAGCCAGUGAUGCUUCUGCCAUUCACUGAAAUGAAUAUAAAUAUUCCUCGUUAUGUGUAACAAGCCACAAACCUUCAGAAACAGGAUUCCUUAUUUAUGAACAGCUUAAGAAAUAUUGCCAAUCCUUAAUUUUUUGAAAUACUAAGUUAUAGCAUUGAGCUAGAAUUUCACAAAUUGGAUAUUCAAACAUUUUGAAGACAAGCCUACAUGCUUUUAGUCACAUUUUGUACUUUCAUGCUACCAUCAGUGAACCGGGACUUUUUCAGACUCAUAUAAAAAUGAAAUUCUGCUGUAAAAGCACAUUUGAACAAACACAGGUGCUAUCCCAGGUCUAAAGUAAUCCUUUCUCAUUUGAGGAUUUUCCUCCAUUCCAUUGAGCUACAGGCAGCUGAAAUAAACUUACUGUCAGGUAUGCUAUUGGGGGUACUUAAGAUAUUUUUAAAUACGUAGCCUUAUAUACUUUAUAUUUUUUAGUCAAUUUUUACCUGGCAUAAACUUUUCAUUAAAUAUUUUUUAAAUAUUUUUUCUCUCAAUUUAUGAUUUCAAGUUUGUUAUAAAUUCCUCUUUCAAUAGGACAGCCUAUUUUACAGAACACUUCAUGAAAUCUGUGAUUUGCAACAGCAAAUAAUAGUGCAAUUUUCUGAAGAAACAAUGAAGCAUGGUCCUCUUUUUCAAAGUAUGCUAUCAGGGAAGUGAAAGAGUGCUAGGCAUUCACAGCUCAUUCUCAGCAUUGCUUUCUAGGGAAGCAGUCAUCUUGCAUUCCACUUCCAACCAGAAGGAAGAAUGAUUCGGAGUUCAAGGAUCAAACUAGUUAGGAAGCUGUGGAACACAAUUAGUCCCUUUUGUAAGCUAUAAAACUGGGUGUCUCCUGUUUCCAAGCUGUGUUCACAGAGCAUCUUUCAGCAUGAAAAAUCAUUAGUGUAUUUUUUUUUUUUAAACUUCACAGAUAAAGGAAACUGAAAGUAUUUUAAGUAGUUCUUUAACUUUGCACCAUACCAGUUCCAAAUAUAGUUUAAGUCUUUUAGAAGACUUUUUAAAGAAGAAGAAGCCUCAAUGAUGAUGGUACUAAGAGAGAAUUGGUCAUCUGAGCUGAAGACAUGCCAAUUUUUGAAUGUUCAAGACUCUGAGGCAGCACACAGAUCAGCUGCUGAUUUCAGUUUUGGAGGAUAUAAUUUCUCUACUAAGAUAUCACAAACUGAUUUUUCUGUACAUUUCCAAAAAGAAAAAUUUCCUCUUACAUGCUGUAGUUCCUUUUGUAAGCCAUGCUGCAUCUUUAUCUCCAUUAUUUCCAUCUCUGAUAAGCUAGAUAGACAAGGGAAGGUGAUGUGUCUGACAAAUUUGCCAAAUUUCAUCACCAGUCUGAAAAUACCUUGCUUGGCAGACCAGAGCUGCCAAAGAGCCUCCCUGAGGUUUCUAAAACAGGGGAAGCGGGACCCAAAACCAGAAUGGACUUGACUGACUACAGAAAACACUAAGUUCUGCCUUAAGUAAAGGAAGCUCAGGUGUUCAUCUCUGCUUAGUAGAAAAACUGAACAUCUUGGUAUGUUCUCAUCAAAUGGUAAUUGUUUAUUUCCCAUUGUUGUUCUGUUAGCACAGUUAAAAGUCUUAAAAGCAAAGCUUCUGAGGAAUUCCAUGCUUGAAAGAUAAAACAGGAAGCUGUGUUAAGAGUGGACAAGCACAAAUAUUUGGAAAUAAGAUCAGCACAUAUAGGCAGCAUACUGCAGAAACAAAAUGUGACACAGAUGCUUGAGAAAAAAUAUUUUAAAUUAUGUAAUCCUUUUUUUUUUUUCCUCAAUAACUAGGCUUAUCUAUUCAAAAGCAGGCAGUUUAGUUUAUUGGAACAGCACCAAGAAGAAAAGCCUCUCCAUCCAUUGCUUCCAAAACUUCCUCUUUAUCUCUGGUGUCCCACAGAGCACUCAAUUAGUGAUGGAAAGUCACCUCUUGAGCUGAGUUCCAGUCAGUGCUCCUGAAAGCCUACAGCCAGACAGCUGCAUCUUGGUGCCUUUCUAUGAAGACCAGAAACAGGAGCCAGAUCCUCUCAAAACAAACAAAGCUAUUGGUAUUGAUUAUAAUAGAAGAGGAGGAACUCUCAGCAAAAAUGGCUGAGAACCAAAGCUAUGCACUUAGGAUGGGUAUUUUAGGAGAGGAAGCUGUCUGUCAAGAUCUGAUGGGAUGGUCCACUCCGAUGGUCCACUUUUAAAUGUACUUUCGAGAGAUUCUCUUAGAUGCAAGACUCUUCUAUGAAGAUAAGUAACCAGAUCUAGCAACAGAAAAAGUACAAGGCUGUUGACACUGCAUGCCGCCAACAAUAAAUAAAUAAAUAAAUAAACAAACAAAAGAGGUCUGUCUUAAUACUCAGGAGAUUAUGCAUGUAGGUUAGGGUCAAAAAGAAAAUUCAACAACUAAAGAGUCCAAAACUGAGCCAAAAGAAUCUAAAACUGAGAGCAAGGAACAUAGCAAAAAGGGAAUUCAAACUGGACAGUCAGGAAAAAGAUGAAGGGUCUUAAAGAAGGCAAAAAGAGAAGAAGAAGAAAAAAAAAAAAAAAAAGGAACUUAAAAAUGGAUUUGUCAGGUGGGUUGUGAAAGAAACCUGACUUCAAAAAGACAAUGAGCUGUAAAAGAGGGUUGGAAGACUGAUCUUGAAGCUGGCUGAGGGCAGGAAUUGUCUUAUGGGCUUCAAGUUUAAACAACAUGGUGAAGUUGUAAGGAAGCAUACUGAGGAAAAUGGUGAGGGUGAAGGACUUGACUGGAGAAGCAUGAAGCAUUUUGCCUUCUGAGACAAAUGAAUUUAUAGAUACCUCAAAUGAAAUCUCAGGUUCACUAAGUCAGUCGUAACUUUUCUACUUGCCUAGAGUAGAGUUUAGGAUUUUUUAUGCUGUCCUCAGAACCUUUUUAAGAUAAUGAAACUUGCCAUAAGGAAGAAGGAGAUCUCAUGACAUGGAUACGUUUUCUCUAGAUACAAAUCAAGGCCAGGUUGGGUGGGCCUUUGAGCAACAAGGUCUGUUGGGAAGUGUCCCUGCCCAUGGCAGAGGGGUUGGAACUAGAUGAUCUUAAACAUCCCUUCCAGUCCAAGCCAUUAUAUAGUUAUAUGAAAUCAAACUUGAAAGUGUCAGAAUAUAUGUAUAUAUGAGGUUAUUACUAAAUUAUAUUUAAACAUUCUCUAUAGCUAGUAAACAGCAGUUUAACUGUUUGUCCUAUAUUGUCAGAAUCCGUUUUUGUACGUGAUAAGCUUUCAGCAGGGGUCAGAUUGUUUACAUUUGUUGCAGUUUAUAGCCCUUCUAAGGGUUAGGUUACUAGUCUUGGGGUUUACCCUCUUGUUACUUGUACUUUGCUUCAUCAUGUCAGAGUAUUUUUCACAAAACAUUCCCAAUACAGCUCCAGUAGCGGUCACAUCAGUUUGGGUCUUGUUUGAUUGACUAAUUUAUAUAUAUAUAUAUACAUAUAUAUAUAUAUAAAUAUAUAUAAAAUUUACUAUUGCUUUAUAGGUAAUCAUUAUGUGAGACAGAAAGCCUAGCAUCAGGAUGGAAGUUUGACAUUAAGUGAAAAAUGAAAGAAUAAUUAUCAUGGUCAAAGUUCAGACCUCAUCCAAGGAAGCUUCUUUUUUUUUUUUAAGUCAGUUCCUUAAAACCAUAAAAAUGUAAGAUUUUGUCUGGUUUCACUCAUUCACUUAAGCUGUCUUUUGCCUACUUCAUCCACUUUAGAGUUAUAUUAAGAAAAUGAAGCUUGCUGUUCCUUUGAACAUUUGAAUUACCCUGUUUAAAGAAAGGUUUUCUGAGAAGAAAAGCAAAACCAUGGAACCUUUUUUCCAUUACAUAUUCAUCAGAAAAUUUCCAUUAAUACUGAACUGGUUGAAUGGAUAGGUUAUCUGUUAAUGCAGUAUAAAAGUAUGUUAAGUAUCUCUGCCAUAGUUACAUAUAUUUCAGUCUUGAUCUGCAGCCUUUGUGAUAUUGGAUUUUUGACUUUUUCACGACUGAAAUAGAUUGUCAGUUGAUGGCCAAUAGAAACGAAAAAAUAGGCUAUUACUUCUUGAAUGGUUGGGACAUUCUCUUUAAGGAGCUGCUUUAUAUUUCACUUUAAAACCGGAUUUGAACUAGGAUCUUGUAGGUAGUUUACACCUUGCAAAUGGACAAUGGGAAUUAAAACUGUUUCUGAAAUAAAAACAAGUAUACACAACAAUGUUGGCGUCAAACAAAAGGAGCUAAAGGAAGUACAUGAAGUAUCUUGGUGUGAUCCAUACAAGUUCUUCAGAGGGAGACAAAACUAAAAUGUUUUUUUAGGUGGCAGCUAUAAAAAUUAAAACUCUCAGCUUACUCAUAUGCCUCAGGGUAAGACUGUAUAUACAUCAGGUCAUAUGAUGAAAGUAGUGCCUCCGGUACACUGACAUCACCUAACACCUAUGGGGACUGGGGAGCUGCUGGUGGGGUAAGGGCUGUCACUAUUGCCCAGGAAAUGGCCUUUCCACUGAGCUGGGUGUCUCCCCAUUCCUACACCCUGACAGAAUGGAACAAAAGAGGUUUUGUUUCCAGGAUCACAGGUGUCAGGUGCAGGCCUGAAUCAAAAAGAAAGUAUAGUGAUGAAACUGAUAUAGUAUACUAGAGAUUUAAAGUUCCUAAUAUAUUUCUACAGGUACAUUUUUUCUUUAUCCAAAUAUGAGAACCUUAGUUUUUCUUCCCAUCAAAAAGUCCUAUUAGAUGGAGUAUAGAUCAAACAUUUGCCUAGUGUGUUUUCAUGAAUUUUAGACAAUUUUUUCAAAAAGCAUGCAAAAUAUUGUUUCUGAAAUAGCUCAAAUGAUGUCAGUUGUGUAACUGAUUAUGCUGUCCCACAACAGAAUUGUCUAACAUGUUACUUCUGAAAAUGAUGAAUUAUUCCUGUCAUCAUGUAUGUUUUGAACACCUUUUGAAAUGCAUGUAGCUAUUUUUAGUACCUCAGUAGUUACAACAUCAAUAGGUACUACAGAGUCUAAAAUGGAACGCAUCUUCAAGAAUUUCAGUUCCUAACAUUAAGACAGUUGUGAUCUAUCCAGGAAAAUCCCCUUCUUUUCAUUUUUUCUUUUUAUUUUCCCCUCCUGGAAACUUAAAUAAUAAAUUAUUAUAGCUAGCUGUUCAACAAAAUUGUUAAGGCCUUGUCUGUUUUACCACAAGACAUUGAUUUUAAUCACUGACCAGCAUCGAUGAUAGAAAGUUGAUAUGUUGUUCCCCCGAUAGCAAAAGUACACUAUACAGUUUUCAUCUUUUAUGCUCUGACAUGCUGCUGGAGUCCUGAAUACAAAUACAAAGCUGAAAAGAUUAUUUUACCCUACAGUAUUAAAAAGAUAUUGAGCAAAGGUAAGAUAGUAUAUGCUGCUGGGGUUUAAUAGGAAUCCCUAGAGACAGAUGGACUGCAAGGAAAGUUAACGGUAUGUAAGAACUGUGAAGUAUUCACUCAUUUAGAGAGGAAAAUGCUUCUCUCCUUACAGCUUCUGUGAAUAAUGUUAUUCUGUGAAUGACACUAGAUUUUCAUACUUUUACUAACAGAGAGAGGAGUUAAUGGAGAGAAGGUUGUGUAAUCUGUCACCUUCUCUUUUUUAGCAGCAAGACCUUGUUGUGACCUCAGUAGGCUCUUGGAAGAUUAUUAGAUAAAGUGAUAAAGCUUGGUAUGGGCAGUAUAAAGACACUAGAAAAGUUCCUGUAGUUCCUCUGUCUUCCAGACUAAGCCAUAAACUGCUGGAAGUUGGAAUGAGAACAGACAGCUAUCUCCCAAUCAUGCAAAUUGCAGGAUACAUUUGCUGAGCUUUGUGAAUAACAUCUUAAUUUUAGGGUUAACCUGUUGUACAGACAGAUGAAAACUAAUAAGAUUUUCAGUAAUUAUUUGGCCUGGAAAAUGUAGUAAGCAUUAAAAAAAAAAAAAAAAAAAAAAAAA